GAAUUUUCAGGUGCUAUGGCAAUUACUGAGGACAACGCCCUCAGCAGUUUGCACCAAUUUCUCGCUGCUACCCAGCCCCUACAGUCGCUACAGCGAUCACCGGAAAAGAUCCCCAGCAUGGACGACAUUAUGCAUACCGUACUACAGCAACUGCCGUCCUUCAAUAGUUACCCGACACCGGUAGAUGCGAAACCGGCGGGAUCGUCGGACAGCGACACCCCUCGCAAUCAGAGCCCUAAUAGUGAUGUUACUACUGAAACUCAGCAAGCACUUGGUGGAAAAGAACCUCGGCCCUAUCGUCAAGAGCCUUGGCAUGAGUGCUUUACCACCGUAAAUAAGAAGGAGUUUGAUGCUCUGAUCUACUCGUUGUAUGUGAUGGCCAGAGACGAUAAGAAACUGGACGGUUAUGAGUAUUAUGAGUGCAUAAAUCGGCUGCAAAGCAAAUGCCGCUAUCGAGUCAGGGCCAGACGGAUGAACGAAUUCAUCAUCGUUGAGGAACGGGGAGCUCACAAUCAUGCUAUGGAGCCUGUAGGGACUCCCGGAACUCAUGCGGGUUUACCCAAAACACUUAGAGAAAUCGUUGACAAAUCGUUCUAUGAAGAUUGGCCCAAUGCUACUCGACAAGAGAAGCUUGAAGAGGAGGUUCAACGCCUUGGCCUACCACAUAAUCCACGACUUGGUAGGCAAGUGGACAAUCGCAUAGCUUAUUUAAGAAGAGUCAAGAAUCUCAACGAAAUGAAGAAAAUUCAGGAUCAGGCUACGCCGCUCAUCACCGAAGAAUUUAUGGCCGACGGUGACGCGAAGGUGAAUGCACUGCCAGCUGCUGCUGUACAGGAAAAAGCGCAACCGACCCCCGCUUCGUCCACCACGAGGGGUCCAGCCGAACUGCUACAGUUGAUGAUGCAGGGAGGACAAAUACCGGAACUAAACGCGGAAACACAGGCGCAGCUGAUGGCGCUGAUGAUGAGUGGAGCUCCUGCAACGAUUGGCGACAAUGAAAGCAGCAGUGACAAUAGCGCAGCCAUGACAUCUACUAUGCCACAGUUCCCACUGACGUCACUGCCUCCAUUGUUGAACCCUUUCCUUCACGGGUCCUCGUCUAUGCCCAGUUUGCUGCCUUCUAUCAACCCGUCUGGUGAUGACAACCUGGCUGCAGCUGAUGAUGGUGGCGAAGAUUCUGUAGACAUAGACGACGACGAUGGCGCCACUGACGACGGAUACCGCCUGGACGGUGCUCAAUGAUGUUUCGGCUCUCAAGGACAGUAUUUAUCAAUUCCCAUCCUCGAUAAGGCGCUGUUUCGUCAUAAACGAGCGCCUAUCGCCCGAUCGGGCGCUUGGUAAUAAUGCUGAAACAACGCUCGGUUAGAGAUCGGAAAAUUGCUAAGUACUGCUCUAGGACUUUGUGUGCCUACGUGUGUGUAUUGCAUAUCUGGCUUGUUGUUCUCUUUCUCAGUUCUUUACUGAUGACAUUAUUUCUUACCGACUGAUGAGGUUUAUUUGAGUAUUUUGCCUGUGUAUAUAAUUCAUAUCAAGGGUCAUUUUCACUCGCUCUCUCCCUAUCAGUAUCCUCAUGUUUUUGAAGCCUUAUUUGUACGGGACCAUAACUCAAGGCC